AGCUGGUUAAAGCCUGGGUGUGGCGCCCAGUCCACCCUGGAAAGGAAACAAGGUUUCUUCUCCCGGAUCCCCCGUGGGCCUGGCCCACAGCCUGAGAAGGGGUGAUUGUUGGAAGUAGGGGUGGAAACUGGAUUAAGGGGCUCCAGGGCUUUGUGCCUGAAGACAGACCACUGAGGAAAUACAGCUUGAUUGCUAAUACCUCACAGGAGGUGGCGAUCUGGAACAGGCCUAAGGGGUUCAGACCUUCGUCUCCUUAGCCAUGGCGACACUAAGUUUCAAGCCCAGCGAACGCUACCGGCUCUCCGACUGGCGCACCAACAGCUACCUAUUGUCCACCAAUGCAGAGCGGCAGCGAGAUGCUUCCCACCAAAUCCGCCAGGAGGCCCGGAUCCUUCGCAAUGAGACAAACAAUCAGAUUGUAUGGGAUGAACAUGACAAUAGGACCCGCCUGGCUGAGAGGAUCGACACUGUCAACCGGUGGAAGGAGACGCUGGACAAGUGUCUGACAGAUUUAGAUGCUGAGAUCGAUAGCUUGGCACAGGCCAAAGAAUCGGCGGAGCAAAACCUGCAGGCCAAGAACCUGCCCCUGGAUGUGGCCAUCGAGUGCCUGACUCUGCGAGAGAGCCGGCGAGACAUUGAUGUGGUGAGGGACCCUGUGGAGGAAGAGCUGCUGAAAGAGGUGGAAGUCAUUGAAGCCACCAAGAAGGUCCUACAGGAGAAGAUCAGCCAGGCCUUCCAGCACCUCUGUCUCCUGCAGGAAAUUCGGCAGCAACUCAACUCUGACCACCGGGACAAAAUGGAGACACUGGAGAUCGACAGGGGCUGCCUCUCUCUCAACCUCACUUCCCCAAACAUCUCUCUGAAAGUCAACCCCACACGCAUCCCCAAAGACUCCACCACACUGCAGCAGUGGGAUGAAUUUACUCGAUUCAACAAGAACCGGGCAGAGGCCGAAAUGAAAGCGUCCAUAGAGUUGAGGGAAGCCAUUGCCCUAGCUAUUGCUCAGACCAACAAUGAACUGGACGCUCAGAGGGUUGCAACAGAAUUCACCUUCAGGAAGCGGCUUCGGGAAAUGGAGAGUUUUUACAGUGAGCUCAAGUGGCAAGAGAAAAAUACCUUAGAAGAGAUAGCCGAGCUGCAGGGAGACAUUCGGCGCCUGGAGGAGGACCUGCGUAGAAAGAUGAUGAACUUGAAGCUUGCACAUACCCGGCUGGAGUCCAGAACCUACCGGUCCAAUGUGGAGCUCUGCCGGGACCAGACACAGUAUGGCCUCAUUGAUGAAGUCCACCAGUUAGAGGCAACCAUCAAUACCAUGAAGCAGAAGCUGGCCCAAACACAGAACGCUUUGGAUGCCCUGUUCAAGCACCUGGCCCGGAUACAGGCUGAUAUCGCGUGCAAGACCAACACCCUGCUCUUGGACACCAAGUGUAUGGACACCCGACGCAAGCUGACGGUGCCGGCUGAGAAAUUUGUGCCCCAGGUGGACACCUUCACGCGCACGACAAACCGCACACUGAGUCCACUCAAAAUCUGCCAGCUGGAGCUAACCUAGGCUUUGGCGGCUGAGGGAAGACACAAGAUUGGUGGGAGGGGGGAGUAGUGAGGGGACAGUAAAAUAAUAAAAAUGGAGUUCUCAA